AUGCCUCACAACGUACCGUGGACUGUUACGGUCCAGCCGCACCCUGGUUCCUCGACGCAGGAUAUUGCAAAUGAACCCGAGUGGGGUUUUGGGCAUGAGCAUCGUAUUGGUUUCAAAAAUCGGAGCAACCGGCUGCCUGGUAUUACACACAAGGAGGAUCGACACCGUGAAGAUGUUGUUGAAGAGAAAAAGGAGCAGGCUCAGCUGCAGAACGAGGCCAAGGAAGGCAAGCUGCUCAAUUUUAGAGAAUUGAUUCAGCAUCAAAAGGACUUCCACUUGAGGUGCCCUGAGAACAGGUCUCUUGGUUGGCGUUAUGUUCUGAACACCACAGAAGACUGGGUUAAGAAUGAACAGGAAUGGCCAGCGAAUCAGAAAAGUCAGCGGCGUGGGAAGCAAACGAAGGCAACGCAGGUGGAUGAUGUCGCCGGUGGCGAGCAACAGGAGCACGAGUGGAAGAAGUCCGGCAAUGGUGACCAUGACAAGCAUAAUGAUGCGUACACCACGGGCGACGUCGCUGAGGACAAUCCCAUAAAGGAUAAGUACACGCCACAGGAACGAGCCCUGUUACGAGCAUUGGAGCAUGAACGCGAGUAUGUGCAACAUCUGAGCGAAAACGAUGGUCAAGGCAGAUCCCCUCAGACGCGGAACCGGCGAGAUCUAUCAAUCGAUGAACAAGAUCAGUUUACACCUGACAAUUGGCUACCGCGUAGCCCUGACCUGAUACGCCUGACAGGAAAACAUCCACUAAACGCAGAAGCACAUCUCAGCCAUCUAUAUGAUGCUGGGCUCAUCACGCCGAAUGAACUUCAUUACGUUCGCAACCACGGGGCUGUCCCUCGAAUUCUGUGGGAAUUUCAUCAGCUCGAUGUCGAGUUCAACGGCGAAACGACAUCGUUCAGCAUGCCACAGCUUCAGGAGUUUGAUUCGAUCAAUAUCCCCAUUGCACUGGCUUGUGAUGGGAAUCGGCGCAAAGAGCUUAAUAUGAUCAAGAAAAGCAAAGGUUUUGGCUGGGGUCCUGGCGGCGUCAGUUGUGCUUACUGGAAAGGCGCCUUACUUCGAGACGUCUUGUUAGCUACCGGGAUCCCGGAGACGUUGCCUGAUCAAGGCCAAAAGAGGCGAUACUGGGUGAAUUUUGAAGGUGCCGACGAACCGAGCGAGGGGAAGUAUUCGACGUGCAUCCCCUUUCAGUAUGCCAUGAACUCUUCCAACGAUGUCAUACUGGCCUAUGAGAUGAACGACGUGCCGCUGCCUCCGGAUCACGGAUACCCAUUGCGGUUGAUGAUACCGGGGUACGUUGGUGGCCGCUGUGUAAAGUGGCUACGACGAAUUUGGAUCAGCGACAAGGAGAAUGAUUCUUACUACCACACAUGGGACAAUCGGGUAGUCCCGUCCUUUGUAACGGAGAAGGAUGGGCCAUUCGCGGAGUCCCUGUUCAGACAUCCUGACACAGCCUGCAAUGAGCAGAACCUUAACUCGGUGGUCGUCAAGCCAGCUCAUGGUGAGAGGAUAUUGCUGUCAUCGGCCCGGAAAGGGGAGAACUACCGCAUUCAGGGAUACGCGUAUGACGGUGGCGGCCAUGAAGUACAACGGGUCGAAGUGUCACUCGACGACGGCAAGACGUGGCUGUACUGCCUUCGCAGAUUCCCCGACUCGCCGAUUCGACAUGGCAACAAGUAUUGGACUUGGCUUCACUGGCAUGUGGACGUAGAGAUAUCACAUCUCUUGCGCGCUCACAGUAUCACUGUCCGGUGCUUCAAUGUUUUCAAGAAUACCCAGCCACGGGAGCCCAGUUGGAACGUCAUGGGCAUGAUGAACAAUUGCUGGUACGUGGUCAAGCCAGAAAUUGUUGAUGACAAGGAUUCGAAAGAAGCAACUCUCGUGUUCUGGCAUCCCACAGAAGUCGGGAGUGGCGAAGGGGGGUGGAUGAAGCCUAGUGUCGAGAACCAGAUCGCCGAAGCCAAGCAGCAAGCCGGCACACCGCAGAAGCAAUUUACGCGCGAAGAAAUUGAGAAGCACGACAGUAAAGAUGACUGCUGGAUUGUGGUUGAUGGAAAAGUCUACGACGCCACCAGCGUUCUCGAGUGGCAUCCUGGAGGAGCAGCCGCCAUUCUUGGCCACGCCGGGCAAGUCCAUCAGGAAACGAGUGACGAAUUUGCAGGCAUACACGACGACUACGCCUACCAGAAGCUGAAAGAAUGUGCUCUAGGCACUGUGACGGACAAGGCUGCAAAUUUCAUCAAGCAAAAUGCUGAACAAGCGGCCAAGAGAGCUGCAGACUCCGAAGACGCGCAGUCGAAGGUCGUCCUGGAGAAACAUCGCUGGCAUCCGGUCAAGAUGAUUGCCAGGCGAGAUGUGUCCAAGGAUACUCGUACGUACAGGUUUCAGCUGCCCGACAACAACAAGGUGCUUGGAUUAGGGACAUGUCAGCACGUUGAGAUUGGUUUCCACCUUGAGGAUCGCAUGCUGAUCCGCAGUUACACGCCCACAAAGCCCCUGCUUCCUCUGCAAAGGGCUGACGAGAGCGACAAGACGUGGCGUGCCAGCGGAAGCCCUGGAGACGACACUGAGCAAUCUUUGGCUGAUGGGGAGGGGAUGUUCGACCUGACAAUCAAGACCUACUUCCCCGACCAGAAUCAGCCAGGGGGCGCCAUGUCCAACAUACUGGACUGUAUCCCGAUAGGCGAGGAAGUGGAAAUCAAGGGUCCUACUGGAGAGAUUGAGUAUCAUGGCAAUGGUGAAUUCACCAUUGAGGGCCAACGGAGGCACUUUGCUCGAGUCUCGCUCGUACUAGGGGGCUCCGGUAUCACUCCCGGAUACUCGCUCAUUGCACGCAUCCUGUUGACACAGGAGGACAAAACGCAGCUCCGAGUAGUAGAUGCCAACAAAACAGAGAGCGAUAUACUAUUGCGCGACGAGCUUGCACAAUUCGAACGAGACUCGCAAGGGCAACUCAAGAUCACACACGUGCUGAGCCAUCCGAGCGAUACUUGGCAGGGCGAGAAAGGCCAUGUCAACGAGGAGAUACUGCAGCGCUGUCUGUUUGCCCCUGACAAGAGCAAUGUUGCCUUUCUGUGUGGACCCUCUGGGCUAAUCCAGAAGGCUGCCCUUCCAGCACUGAGAUCGUGGGGAUAUGUUGAGGACGACAAUAUGUUCGGCUUUUAG